AUGUUUACAACGACUGCUACAACUAUUACUGAUUCAUCUUUAAAUUUAUACCUGGAUUCAUUUUUCAAUCGCUUCAAUAUGCCAGAUUCAAAUGAUCAUGAUCAACAAUACAGUGGUAGUAAUAGUAAUAGUCAAAAUAAUAACAAUGAUAUAAAUAAUAACUUAAAUAGCGGUAUACAAUCAUUUGAUGAAAAUUUCAAUGCGACAACAAAUUUGAAUUACAAUAGUAACAACUUAAAUGAAGAUAAUGCAGCUAUUGCUUAUUAUAACCAAUAUUCAAUUGACAAUUCAAACUCAAAUCAAACAAAUAGUUCAAGUAAUUAUAAUUAUACUUCUACAUCAAAUGAUUUUAAUGAUAACACAAGAAAUGUGGACGAAUUAAAUUCGAAUGAAUUAUUAAAUAACUUACCCUUGAAUAAUAAUUUAAAUAAUUUCAAUCAUCAAUCCAUAAAUGUUAAUUUAGGUGCAUCACCGAUUGAUGAAAUGAACUUAACUAAUUCAGAAUUUUCAAAAUUAAAUAACAUAAAUAUACCGAAUCAAUUACAACAAUAUCAAUCUAAUUCAAAUUACAAUAAUCCACAACAGUCGUAUACUUCUUCAUCUUCAUUAUACUCAGUUCAUCAACAACCAAAUGAAUUCAAUUAUUCUAAUUCAAAUAUAAUGGAUUCAAACAAUUUAUAUAUAAAUGAUCAGCUUGAAUCUCCAGCAACUGCCUUAUAUCAACAACAACAACAACAACAUUUCCAAUUAUCACAGCAACAAUUAUCAUCUUCUUCAACUUUUAAUAAUUCAUUAUAUGAUAAUUCAAAUUAUUAUCAACAAUUGAAUAAUAAUUUGACUACUACAAUUUCUUCACCCUCAACUUACAGUCAAAACACAAUGCCUCAAUCUAUAUUUUUUGAUAAUCCCAACCCCCUAAUUUUUAAUAAUGACAACAAUCAAAUAAUAAAUCAACCUCCAAGUUCUAUAGAUCCAUUAAGUUCAAUAGAUGACAAUCAAAUUGAAGAGCAGUUACUGUAUAAUAAUAACAAUAUACCCAAAAAGAGACAAAAUUCUAUACAAAAAAUUAAAAAAUCAAAUUCACCAAAGACCAAAUCGAAAUCAACAACUAAAAGACCAACUCCAAAUCCAUUAAAAGAUUCUUCUAAACCAAAUUCAAACUCGUCUACGUUUUCCUCGUCAUCAGAUGUUAACCCACCAAGUACAAAAAACUCUACAUCUUCCUCAAAUUCCAAAAAACAUGUACAAUCAUCUUCAAACAUCAAAAAUAGGUAUAGAGUAAUAAGAGGAGUUUCAGCGGGUGGAUCGUCAACAAGACCACCAAAAGAAGCCAUGAACAAUAGCGACUCAAUAUAUUUACCAGUGGAAUUAAAUUUAAUAGGAGCAUCAAAAGAAGACAUAUGUUAUCCCAAAUGGUCAAAACUGGAAAAAUUAGAUCGUAGAAGAAUUGUUAGAAUUGAAAGGUUACAACAAGGUUCAAAAUUAAUUGUUAAUUUUUCAAUUAUUGGUAAUGCAAAUGAAAAUCCAAUAACAUUACCAAGUUCUCCAAAUAUUGAUGUUAUUGAAGUUAGUUGUUUGGAAUGUGAAGUUGAUACAUCAAGAUAUAACAAGAACAAAAAUAAAAACGAUAAUUCUACAGAAGAUAAUGAAUAUGAUUCUUUUUCAUCAGAUGAAGAAAAUAUAACAAAUUCACCAACAACGAUUAAAAAUGAAUAUGAAAAAUUAAAUAUAAAUAAUCCAAAUAACAACAAUGGAAAUAACUAUCAAUAUUAUAUAACAUCAGUUGAAGUAGUUGAAAUAGUUGAAUUAUUAAUUGGUACUGAAUUUAAACAACCUUCUGAAAAAAGAAGAGAAAGAGGUAGAAUUAGAUCUAAUUUAGUUCCAUUUUGGUGUAAAAAAUCUAUAAGUUCAAGAAUGAAUGAAUUUUCAACUCCAAAUGAUCAACCUUCAAUUACUUUAUCAUCACCUCCGGCUUCUACAAGUGGAUCUACAUCUGGAUCAAUAUCUUCAAAUUCAAAUUCAAAACUAUCUACUUCAUCAUUAUUAUCAACGAAUUCAUUACUUUCAGCACCAACAAGUAAUCAAUCAUCAAUCUCAUCCGCUUCAUCAUCAUCAAAUCAACCACCAAUUACAUCAUUGUCAUCAAUAUCUUCAAAUUCUUCAUCAUUACCAAAUAUUUCAAAAAAUCAAGAAUAUAGAAUGGAAUUAGCUAAAAGAAUAAUGGCUUAUGAAAUUAGGAAACCAAGAGGUUUUGACAAAGAAGUUCGUAUAUUAAAAUGGGAAAAAUUAAUUCCUGCUUUAAAAAGAGCUUUACAUUCUUAUUAUACAGAAAUUCCUCAAACUGAUUCUCAUUUAUUUUAA